AGGGGGUCGAAACAGGGAGCUCUCCCACUCUCGCGAGAUUGCUGUGAGCCGGCCUCUUAGGAAAAAACGCCAGAACGGACGGCCUAACUUCCCAAAUAGUGGAUUAAAGGACGGGGUCACAAACCAAUGAAAAGGAUGCGGAGGUGGGAUUGCUGCUUUCACUGCGCAUGAAGUACCGUUACAGAGCAGACUUUUUAUCCAAUCAACGCCUCCAGAGUUUGGGUCAGGUGACCGAAGAGUGCGAGGGGCGGGGCUACAGCCUGGCGCGAGAAACCGUUAAGAUAGACAACGAAUAUAACCAAUGAGGUACUCUGACUAGAGCGUUGGGAACCCAAUAACAGUGGUUGGGCGGGCACCUUUCUGGAGCGCGGGGAGCUGUAAAGACAGACAAAUGGUUUUCCCAAUAAGACUGUAGAAGAGAGAGCUAAUUGACCAAUGAGGACUGCGGGGCGGGAUCCUUUGCCGCGGCGGAGUCCAAGAUGGCGGCGUGCGGUUCCGCUGUGUGAAACGAGCGCGGGCCGGCGGGUUAAUCAGCUCCGCGGAGACGACCUCCGACGACCCGCAACAAUGAAGGGAAAAGAGCGCUCGCCAGUCAAGGUCAAACGCUCCCGUGGUGGUGAGGACUCGACUUCCCGUGGGGAGCGGAGCAAGAAGUUAGGGGGCUCUGGUGGGAGCAAUGGGAGCAGCAGCGGAAAGACCGAAAGCGGCGGCGGGUCGCGGCGGAGUCUUCAUUUGGAUAAGUCCAGCAGCCGAGGGGGCAGCCGCGAGUAUGACACUGGUGGGGGCAGCUCCGGUAGCCGCUUGCAUAGUUACGGCUCCCCGAGCACCAAAAAUUCCUCGGGCGGGGGCGAGUCGCGCAGCAGCUCCCGGGGUGGAGGCGGGGAGUCACGUUUUUCUGGGGCCGCCUCCUCAGCUCCUGGCGGCGGGGAUGGCGGGGAAUACAAGACCCUGAAAAUAAGCGAGUUAGGCUCCCAGCUGAGUGACGAGGCGGUGGAAGAUGGACUGUUUCACGAGUUCAAACGCUUCGGUGAUGUGAGUGUCAAAAUCAGCCAUCUCUCGGGUUCUGGCAGCGGGGAUGAGAGGGUAGCCUUUGUGAACUUCCGGCGGCCAGAGGACGCGCGGGCGGCCAAGCAUGCCAGAGGCCGCCUGGUGCUCUAUGACCGGCCUUUGAAGAUAGAAGCAGUGUAUGUGAGCCGGCGCCGCAGCCGCUCACCUUUAGACAAAGAUACUUACCCUCCGUCGGCCAGCGUGGUCGGAGCCUCUGUAGGUGGUCACCGGCACCCUCCUGGUGGUGGUGGCCAGAGAUCACUUUCCCCUGGUGGCGCUGCCUUGGGAUACAGAGACUACCGGUUGCAGCAGUUGGCUCUUGGCCGCCUGCCCCCUCCUCCUCCGCCACCAUUGCCCCGAGAGCUAGAGGGAGAACGAGACUACCCGUUCUAUGAGAGAGUGCGCCCAGCAUACAGUCUUGAGCCAAGGGUGGGAGCUGGAGCAGGUGCUGCUCCUUUCAGAGAAGUGGAUGAGAUUUCACCCGAGGAUGAUCAGCGAGCUAAUCGGACUCUUUUCUUGGGCAACCUAGACAUCACUGUGACAGAGAGUGAUCUAAGGAGGGCUUUUGAUCGUUUUGGAGUCAUCACAGAAGUAGACAUCAAGAGGCCUUCUCGCGGCCAGACCAGUACUUACGGCUUUCUCAAAUUUGAGAACCUAGAUAUGUCUCACCGGGCCAAACUAGCAAUGUCUGGCAAAAUUAUAAUUCGGAAUCCUAUCAAAAUUGGUUAUGGUAAAGCUACACCCACCACCCGCCUUUGGGUAGGUGGCCUGGGACCUUGGGUGCCUCUUGCUGCCCUGGCACGAGAGUUUGACCGGUUUGGCACCAUACGCACCAUAGACUACCGAAAAGGUGAUAGCUGGGCAUAUAUCCAGUAUGAAAGCCUGGAUGCAGCUCAUGCUGCUUGGACCCAUAUGCGGGGCUUCCCACUUGGUGGCCCAGAUCGACGCCUUAGAGUAGACUUUGCAGAUACAGAACAUCGUUACCAGCAGCAGUAUCUGCAGCCUCUGCCUUUGACUCAUUAUGAACUGGUGACAGAUGCUUUUGGACAUCGGGCACCUGACCCCUUGAGGGGUGCUCGGGAGAGGACACCACCUUUACUAUACAGAGAUCGUGAUAGGGACCUUUAUCCUGACUCUGAUUGGGUGCCACCCCCACCCCCAGUCCGAGAACGCAGCACUCGGACUGCUGCUACUGCUGUGCCUGCUUAUGAGCCGCUGGAUAGCCUAGAUCGCAGGCGGGAUGGCUGGUCCUUGGACCGGGAUAGAGGUGAUCGGGAUCUGCCCAGCAGCAGAGACCAACCUAGGAAACGAAGGCUGCCUGAGGAGAGUGGAGGACGGCAUCUGGAUAGGUCCCCCGAAAGUGACCGCCCACGAAAACGUCACUGUGUUCCUUCUCCUGACCGCAGUCCAGAAUUGAGCAGUAGCCGGGAUCGUUACAACAGUGACAAUGAUCGGUCUUCCCGUCUUCUUAUCCUGGAAAGGCCCUCUCCAAUCAGAGACCGGCGAAGUAGUUUGGAGAAGAGCCAGGUUGACAAGCGAGACCGGAAAAACUCUGCAUCAGCUGAACGGGAUAGGAAGCACCGGACAGCUGCUCCCACUGAGGGAAAAAGCCCUCUGAAAAAAGAAGAGCGGUCUGAUGGGAGUGCACCUACCACCAGCACUGCUUCAUCGAAGCUGAAGUCCCCUUCCCAGAAGCAGGAUGGGGGGACAACCACUGCAGCUGCAGCAGCAGCCUCUCCUAAACUCUGUUUGGCCUGGCAAGGCAUGCUUCUACUGAAGAACAGCAACUUUCCUUCUAACAUGCAUCUGUUGCAGGGUGACCUCCAAGUGGCUAGUAGUCUUCUUGUGGAGGGUUCAACUGGAGGCAAAGUGGCCCAACUCAAGAUUACUCAGCGUCUUCGCUUGGACCAGCCCAAGUUAGAUGAAGUAACUCGGCGCAUCAAAGUGGCAGGGCCCAAUGGUUAUGCCAUUCUUCUAGCUGUGCCUGGAAGUUCUGACGGCCGGUCUUCUUCCUCGGCUACAUCAGACACUGCCACCUCUACUCAGAGGCCACUUAGGAACCUUGUGUCCUAUUUAAAGCAAAAGCAGGCAGCCGGGGUGAUAAGCCUCCCUGUGGGGGGCAACAAAGACAAGGAAAACACCGGGGUUCUUCAUGCCUUCCCACCCUGUGAGUUCUCCCAGCAGUUCCUGGAUUCCCCUGCCAAGGCACUGGCCAAAUCUGAAGAAGAUUACCUGGUCAUGAUCAUUGUCCGUGCAAAACUGGUGAACAGCGGAUGAAGAUAUGGAAUUCAAAGCUCUAAUGGACCUUUUUGAAGAGAAGUUGUGGCUUAUGUGGAUUUUACAUGGGCCUCUGAUGGAAGAAAGCUAAUCUGUUUAGUAUUUGUGCAUUUUACUAAAAUGGCAGCUUAAAGUUGUGUAUCUGCUAUUGUGAUGCCAAUGCCGGUGUUUUAAGUGGAAAAAAAAUGACCUCUUUGCUUUGUGCUGUGUACACAAGAUUCUGGAAAGUAAAGAAAAACCCUUUUUAUGGCUCACACAGCUUAAAAGUAGCUGUCACUCAAACGUGCGCUCACAGUUGAGCUGCUUUUGUUUUAUUCUAAAUAAAUUGUUUCUUUUGAGGAAAA